UUUCAUUCCAUUUUCACAUGGCCAGCGAAGUAGAAUAGAGGGGGUUUAGCCGUUUAGGGCAAAACCCUUCCCGCUGUUUCUUCUCUCUCUCUUCUCCGAGACAGUCGGAGACUCGAAUGGUCGUCUUUCCGCCCGCCCUUUCGUUUUCGUUUGCCCUACUUCGAAAACGAAAACAGGUUUUCGAAAGGGAAAACGCAGCGCUGCGCCGCUGCAGGAAGAGAGUGCGAGGGAGACAACGAGAGAUAAAGAGAGGGAGAUAGAGAAUGAAAGAGUGAGAAAGGGAGCAAGAGAGACGGAGAGAGCAGGGCUGCAGGAAGGUGGUCGGAAGAGAAGAGGAGAGAGAAGAACGUGAGGAAAAAGGACAAAGCAGCAGUAGGUGGUGACUCUGAACCCAUAUUUGCAGGGCCUAUCCACUGGUGGUAUUUCGAAAAGCAAGGCAACAUCAUUCACAAGGGAAGGGAGAAAACAACUUUUUGUUGUUCUACAAAGUGCAAGAGAUUCAACGGGUGUUUGCAUGUAACAAACUGUUUCGGGAUUUUCUUUUUUCCUUCUCCGGGAUGGUGGGACUGUCUACUGGUGAGAAGCGUUUUAUUAGAGGAGGGAUUGAGCAAGAUUUGCGUCCUGAUGGGCGGAGAAGGCUGCACUACCGACCUAUCUCCAUCGAAACUGGUGUCAUCCCUCAGGCUAAUGGUUCAGCUAGGGUUCGAAUCGGUUCAACAGAUGUGAUUGUUAGUGUAAAGGCUGAACUGGGAAAACCUAGCAUGUCUCGACCUGAUAAAGGAAAGAUUGCUUUUUUCCUGGAAUGUAGCCCUACAGCAGCUCCAAUGUUUGAGGGUAGAGGUGGUGAAGAAUUGUCCAUGGAAAUAUCUACUGCUCUAAGGCGAUGCUUGCUGGGAGGCAGGAGUGGUGCAGGUGCUGGUAUUGAUCUCUCUGCUCUGAAAGUUUUAGAUGGAAAGAUAUGUUGGGACCUGUAUAUUGAUGGGCUUGUGGUCAGCUCGGAUGGAGACCUACUAGAUGCAUUGGGUGCAGCUGUGAAGGCUGCCUUGAGCAAUACUGGCAUCCCCAAGGUUGAAGUUACUUAUGAUGCUUCAACUGAUGACCAACCAGAGGUUGACAUCAGUGAUGAGAACUUCUCAGGUUUAGAUACAUCCGGUGUUCCCGUGAUCAUAACACUUACGAAGGUUGGAAGACACUAUAUUGUUGAUGCAACUUCAGAAGAAGAGUCUCAAAUGAGCUCAGCAGUUUCAGUUUCUGUGAAUAGGCAUGGUCAGAUAUGUGGAUUUACCAAAAGGGGUGGUGCAGGACUGGACCCAAGUGUUAUUCUUGACAUGAUUUCAGUAGCAAAGCAUGUCAGCGAAGAACUUAUUUCUGUAUUGGACUCUGAAAUUUGUGCGGCAGAGUCACGUUCAUCUAGCGCUUAAUAGAAUACGCAUUGUCGUUAUGAUUCCUAUCUUGUUUUAGUUACUGAUUUUGCUGCCU